AAUUGUCCUUUCUCCCGAAAUUACGUUUAGAGGAAAGUUCCAUUUGAGGUGUAUGUGUGUGACUCGUUCAUCGAUGAGGAAGGAACUGUACUAUUAUAUCCCGGGAGGAAGGGUUGAUGACGUCUGUGGCAUACUUAAUGUGACUUAUUGAAAAAAAGGCAAGACUCCCUAUUCAUGGAUAAAAAUCCGAGGCAAUCGGAGCACAGCAGAAAAAGUUUUGCAAAAGGAUAUGUAGACAAACGAGUGCUGCUGAUUUCACCGAGGUUUUGUUUGCAAAAGUGAUUUUGUUUAUACUGGUUAUUGUAUAAAAGUGCAGGGGUUGAACCGACGAGCACACAAGCAAAGGACGGUGGCGCUUCAGGGAAGAGGUGCUGUGAGGAAGAUCUCUAUCUCUCUCACACAAUCACAGCCGCACCCGAGUCGCAUCCAACAGCAUUUCUAUCUACCUACUCUGCAAUAGCAUGGCCAGAUCUAGUAAAGCGACUUUAGCUUUGCUCAUCUACGGAAUCAUGAUGCACUACAGCGCCUACUGCACGCCUAUUGGGAUGACUUUUCCCAAGAUGAGACUAGACAACGAUGUAUUUGACGAAGACGGAAACUCGUUAAGCGACCUGGCUUUUGGCACUGAUCAAAUUGCUAUACGAAGCCCUCCCUCUCUCACGGAUGACCUAUACACGCUAUACUAUCCGCCAGAGAAAAGAACGGAAAGGCAUGCAGAUGGAUUAUUAGAUAGAGCCUUGAGGGACAUCCUGGUUCAGUUAUCAGCACGAAAAUAUCUGCAUUCUCUGAUGGCAGUUCGCGUAGGCGGAGGAAGCAGCGAGGAGGACGAAUCGGAAACCUUAUCAAAAAGGCAUUCGGAUGGGAUCUUCACCGACAUUUACAGUCGCUACCGAAAACAGAUGGCCGUCAAGAAGUAUUUAGCAGCCGUCCUGGGAAGAAGGUACAGACAGAGAAUUAAAAACAAAGGACGUCGAUUUGCUUAUUUGUAGCGCUGACAAAACUGCCCCCAACUGCCCCUCCAUGUGUACAUUCAGUCCUAAGAUCAAAGUCAUUCUGAUAUAACUGAUUAAUCAGUGGAUCGCGCCUGUGUUCUUUAAACAUGUAUUUAUGUAUGAAGUAAAGCCAUUAAAAUGAAUAUUUUACUAAUAACAUUGUUUUUCUUUUUGUACAAAAGCACUUGAAACCGCACAGUUAUACUUUGUGGACCAAUCGUUCAGUUUCAUGUAUAUAGCUAUAUAUGUUAAAAACAAAAGAGAACAAAAACCAUCAGGAGAAAAAAAAAAAAAAGAAGAAAAAAAUGUGCACCUUGAACGUUAUGCGCCUGAUAUCUUUUCAAAUUCAUCAUCAUAUGCAGAAAAUAAAUAGAUUUUAAAAAGACAAUCAAAGUUCUGAAUGUUAUACUUAUUUUUGUAAUCUGCUAAAGAAUAGAGUCUUAUUUUAUCCAAAGUCUGCCCAGGGAUGUAUCCAACAUACUCUGUAAAGUACAGGGCUGUUUCAACUGUUGUGACUCCCCCCUAAAAAGGGGGAGUGGGAGAGGGAUAUAUAGUAGCUGGCACGAUUCCCUCUUUCUUUGCCCACUCAUUUGUGAACUGUACUUCAAAUCACCUGUCUUCUCCAGAUGGAAUGUGAUUGUCCUGCCUGUGUAUGUGAUUGGAGUCAGUAACCAGUAUGCCUGACUGGGACAAAAUGACACUCGAGGAACUGUAGUAUUGAUAUACAUGUUUUUUCCUUGUUGGAUUUUCUUUCUAUUGUUUUUUUCAUUAUCCCUGUGCAUGGUAUACUUAAAAUGUAUACAUGCAUGUCCUUUGCACUUCUUUGUUUCCCAUCCACUCAAUGUUUCCAUGCUCAUUGUAUUGGUCCCCCUAUCAGAUCCGCCUCAAACAGAGAAAAAAAACUGAAUCAAAUCGAAGAAAUCCUAAUAUUCAAAUGCAUGCUCCACCUAAAACGUCUUGUGGAAUUGGCGUAUCGGUCUCUCUCUCAGUUCUUUGCAUGUUUUCGAUGCCUUUGUGGGUGGCUUUGCGUCAUUUCUGACCAAAUUUUGUUCUUAUGCCUUAAGAUGUGAAUGCUUUGUUAUGUGCUAUCUGCAGUUAGAUUAAACCAGUAUCGAGUAGCAAGUCAUGACAUAAUGAUCAUCUGAUGCCACCACUAUUUUAAAAUUCAGUUAAAUUCAAUCUCUUCAUGUCCAUGACUUGAUCGUGAAAACUUCUUCAGUGAUGCGAUCGCUCCUUAAUUCUGAUAGGACGAAGUAUGUUUAAUGGUUUCAUUCAUCAGCCCAUCGUAGAUCUAGAAAAAAAUCAAUUGUGUUAAUGCUUAUCUGUAAUUGCUGCUGAUGACUGAGGGAAUGUGAGGCUGAGAGAAUGGGGAGGCCACCGAGAGCGAAGGGGGAGGUCCUUGUGAACUUCAACGUGACCAUUGUCAUAUUCAUCACCUUUAUUGCCAGAUAGUGCUAGUGCAUGUUGAAGAUAGCCUUUUUCUUGUAUGUAUAGAUAAGGUACGCCCAUCACCUUUAGGGAGGGACGCACUGCAAAAUCAUCUAUUGUUUGUCUUUUUUUUCGCCUUAUAUUUUGGUUAAGCCUUGUAUUGAAUUCAGUAUAUUUCUCCUGAUAUGGAAAUCAGGUCUUAUUCAUCCACUAAUUCAAUAUGUAAACCGUUGUCCCAGGCAUGAAAUCAAUCUUUCUUCAAUUUGGCAUUGUCCCCCAGGCUUUAUGUGAGUAUGGAUGCGUCUCUGAGAGUGUUAUGCGAGGUGUGUGUGUGCGUGUAGGAAGGGCGGGAGGUGGGUGGGCGAGUGAAUGCGUGCGUGAACAUAAUGAUGUUAUGAAAGAUGAUAUGGGUUUUGGCUUAGGUGCCUUGUGACAACUUACGAUAAAAAAUCGCCACUUAUCACGGAUGGCAAUUUUAGUGGCCCUACGAUGCUGCAAACUAUUAGGUUCCAUUUCACAAAUACCAUCUUUACUUUUUCCUCUCCUUUUCUUUUCGAAACUUGGUUUCAAACCUAAUUCUUUAAUUAGAGCUGAAAAGCAUGGCCAGCAUAUAUUGUGAUCAAAUCUAUUACUGAAGUGGUGUACAUGGUAAAAGUAUUAAUUGUCUGGAUUGUUUAAGCUGAUGAAUGUGUGUAAAUGUGGCAAGCACGUGUUUCUGUUUAGCUCUACUCAUUGUAGCUCAAGGUCCAUGAAGCCUAGCUAGGUUUUGUGUUGUUUCUUGUUGCAUAGCUUGAGGGUUUUUUGACAGCGAGCAGAAAACCUGAUGGAACCCAGGCCACAGCACAGCCUGUUGUGUACAUUUCUGAAAGCGCCGAAAGCCUUAAUGUGAACGUUUUAUCUAUACCUGAAACAUUAUAUAUGUGACAAGUGAAUAUUAGCAAGUGACAUCAUCCUAUAUUAACACAUAUAACUCCUUAGGGGGUGACAUUUUUAAAUGUUAAAAAGUGUUGUAAGAUUUGUAUGAAUAAAUUUUU